AUGCUCGUUAAAUCUCUGCAGGAUGAUAUUCGUUGCUGCUCUAUUUUCUCCACAUUUAGGGUAAAGACGGAACUCAAGGACCAAACGGAGCCGCUGGUGUCAAAGGAGAGAAGGGGUCCAGAGGAGCUCCGGGACCGGAGGGAGUCGCUGGUCUCGAUGGUGAGGAGGGUCCCGUUGGAUCGAAGGGAUCUGAAGGACCCGUCGGCCCAAAAGGCAAACCUGGCGAUAAAGGGAAACCUGGACCUGCUGGACAGAAAGGAGCAAAAGGAGCUGAAGGUGAACGAGGGAACCGAGGACCUCAAGGACCAACCGGAGCACCAGGAAAACAUGGCAUCAGAGGUCAGAGAGGUGCCAAAGGAGAGUCCGGGACACCAGGAACAAGAGGCACAGAGGGGAGGAAAGGUUCUGUCGGUUCUCCGGGUUCUAAAGGUCGACCUGGACCCGCCGGCCCUCCUGGUCCUCCAGGAGCUAAAGGGGUUCAGGGUCCAGAGGGAGCUGAAGGCCCGAUGGGGAGGCCCGGACCCACUGGGCCGCCUGGAAAACCCGCAAGGUCUGAGCGGUCUGGACGGGCUGCUGGGGGUCGAAGGUAACGAAGGAGACCAGGGCGACGUUGGUUUCAGAGGAGCUCCGGGAGCACCAGGCCGGCCGGGGAAGACGGGAAACCUCGGGUCUCCUGGAAUCAGAGGAAACACCGGAGCAGGAGGCUUUAAGGGUAAAACUGGACCAAAAGGAAAACACGGACCUCCGGGACCAGCUGGACCAAAAGGUGUUCCAGGGCUGAGAGGAGAGAAGGGCGGAUCUGGAAGAGCUGGAACGAAGGGUCUCCCGGGUGACGGGGGGGUACUGGGACCGAUCGGGCCACCAGGACUAAAAGGGAAUCCUGGUUUGCAGGGACUAAAAGGUCAAACAGGUCCAAAAGGGAAGCAGGGGGACGCCGGACCUCGAGGUCCACGUGGACAGAAAGGCCUCCUUGGAAUUACUGGCCGCCUUGGAAAGAAGGGACUGAAAGGUGCCCGAGGCAGCAGAGGACCAAAGGGAGUCAAGGGGAAGCGUGGAGCUCCGGGAAAACCAGGACCUGCACCAAGACUCGGAUCAAUACCUGCACGAGGACCUGGUCUAAGAGUUGAGCAAAGGCCCGAAACGAGACCCAGUGCAAGAAACAGUCUGAAAGCUGCACAGAGUUCAGAGAAAACUCCCGUCGUCCUGAAGCGAAAACAGCCCAGGACGCUAUCGAGGAGACUGUCUGAAGAAGAUGAAGCUGAGGAAUCCUUCAGUUGGCCCUCAGGAACCAGAGAUGAUCCCGGCACCACCUGCCACGAGCUGAGACUCGUACGUCCACAUCUGAAUGAUGGUUACUUUUACAUGGACCCCAACCAAGGCUGCCCCUAUGACGCUGUGAAGGUCUUCUGUAACUUCACUGCAGGAGGAACAACCUGCAUAGACCCGCUACACUCACAGAUUAAAAUAAUGAGGGAACCAGAAAUGGAGGCGUCAAAGUUCUGGUCUACUCAGCAAAAUGGUGGAAACAAGUUUGAGUACACUGGGGUGGAUGUUGUCCAGCUGAGGUUUCUGCGGUUACACAGCCACACAUCCUUCCAGCGCAUCACUCUCAGCUGUGCAGCAAACCGGUCCAGCGCUGCCACAGCCGGUCGGAUUAUCCACCUGAUGGGAGACUCUGGCGAAGAAAUCGAUUCACAGCUCAUCACAGUGUCCAGAAAAGACUGUGAGGUGGAUGUGAUUGUGAGGGUUCGGGGAAGCACAGAGUUGCAUCGAGGCGACAUGGAGCUGCUUCCUGUCAGAGAUCUGGCUGUAAAGACGAGCAGCGUUUCCAACCUGGUCUCUGAGGUCUCCGUGGUUCUGGGACCCCUCUGCUUCUUAUGACCAAAGAGAUGUGCGUCUGUGUUUGUGUGUUUGCUGGUGUUUGAUAAAAAGCUGUAAAUAUCUUUUUCAUAUAUUGUGUAAAGCAGGGAUUUAUGCUGUCUUUGUAUUUUAAGUGUCUGAUUUUGUUAGAAUGAGUUGACUCUGUGCUGUGUUUUGUUGUGUAUUUAUUGAACCGUAAAAUUGUUGUUUUAUCUGUUGUGAUGGUUUCAUAGCACCAAAUCUUCAAGUUUUGUGAACUUCAUGUCAAGUCAGCUUUUAUUUUUCGCUGAUUUUAAAACAGACAAACACGAGUUGUCUGAUUUGAGGCCUUAGAGUUGAUUUAAUGUGGAGAGUUUUUGAGGAAACAAAACUGGAACGCUUGCAGACUUUUCUGUCGGGGUUGAAAACUCUUACGAAGGUUCACUUCUAUAAAUGAAGAAGCCUCAAAUGUUUUAUAAAAUGGUUUUAACACUUACAACUGAAGGUUCCUAAUGUCAAAUAAAGAUCUCAUUAAUGUGAGAAAAUGUAAAAGGAA